UGCUGAAUUUUAGGAGUAAUGUUUUUUUUAUUUUGGUGGUGACCGUGUCCAGACUACCUUUAAUUAUCCCUAACAUGUUUCACAUAGUUGAGUUUCUGGACACCCAAGAAGUUGAAGUGGUGCCAGCACUUUGGGUUGCAGAUGAAGUUUGUCAUUGGCCAUCUCACUACAAAUCCGAAGAAUUAGGGAAGGCCAUACGAAAUGAGGAACAGCCUGGACACAUGUGGGAUGUCUUUCGUGUUCGCAUUUUAUACUCAGCUGCAAACUACAAAACUGCUCGACUUAAACUACCUGAAGCAGAAGCCCACACUGACAUUCAGACUGCUGAAGAAGAUGAAGAUGACAAUCCAAAAAAGCGAAAGCGAAUGUCAACCUGUCGCUUUGAGAGUGAUAGUGAGGAUGAAAUUACUGUUAAACAAAAAAAGACUUUGCCUCCAGCUCCAAAAAUUAAAAAGCCUAAUUUUGAAAUAAAGUCUGCAAUGAAGAGGCCGCCUUUAAGAGAGGUUCAAGGGCCUUCCUUACAAAGUUCUCCAACAAAUACAGAGCCCCAGCAGUCUGUACAAAGUCCACCGACCUCCAGCGGACAGUCCAGAUUGAGUUUGACAAAUCCUAGUUCUCAAGAUGAAAGACAGUCAGGAACAAUUUCUUCAAGUGGCCUGUCUGGUUUACUGCAAAGAAUGCUUACAAAUCAGGAAAUGAUAAUGGAACAGCUGAAAAUUAUUCAGAUGAACCUGCAAAAAAACGUAGAUCCCACUCAUGUACAGGAUCCAAUUGAGCACGGUAUACUGCCACUGAAGGAUGCAACGGCCCUACUAGAUCUGGAAAGACGUCUCAGGGAAGAGGUGGACCUCAAAACCAAAAUGAUUACUACCUUGAGUGUCAUUGGAGGAGUUGACGUUAAGGACAGUGUUUGGCGACUUAUGAAACACUGUUUUACCAACUCGUUUGCCAAACAGCUCAAUUGGCGUGGCAUCAAUGGAAAAACAGCUUUCCAUGGACUGCAAAUGAAACAUGUAAUUACAAGUACUGUGAGAACUAACAGGCUCACAGCAACAGCCACCGAUCAGGAGAUAGAGUCUCAUAUUAAGAGAUGGCUGCACCUCGCAGGUGACCGGGAUGGUGGUAGAAGAGAGAGGGAGGAGCGACGACGGACUCAAAAUCAAACCUGUCUGCACAAUGACACUGAUGGGCCCAAUCAAGAACAACUGUAAAUAUGUUAAUAUGCUUAUUGUUUUUGUUUUCCACAGUUUGUAUUUUAUAGUGUUUAGAGUUUUCUGGUGUUCAGAGUUUUUAUAAAGUUGUUUUGUCUUUAUUUUAUUUUUACAUGCUUUGUUUUAUUUUCUUUGUUCAAGUGUUGGAUCAAGUGUUUUGUGUUUGUUUAUUUUAUUACUUACACAUUUUUUUCCUUGUAUAUGAAGUGUUUUAUAAAGCGGUUUUAGACAUAAAACUAUAAUGUUCAUUUUGUGAUUUAUAUUUUUUACUUUUCUGGACCUGCAUUUUUUUUAAGUU